AACGGCUUCUUAAUUAAGCCAAGAAAUGAUAUUCGAGUUCUUAACGAAAAUUUUGGAGGAAUAAACGAAAUAAACAAUGCAAUAAUACGUAGGAUAAAUUUUGAAAAUCCUGUUGAUAUUGAUAAUUUUCUAACGUCAAGCAAAUAAGUGGUUCUUCUAAAAACAGAGAAUACAGACAAACCUGUUUUUGUGCGCUCUUUUUUUAAUGCGAUUUUUUAUGCUAUUUUUUAUGCGGUAUAUAACGUAUAUCGAAAUUCUGUUCGCCAUAUGUAAGUUCGCCGCGAGGUUAGGUCAAUCUCAACGGUGUUGACAUCACUUUUUUUCUAUCGGUGUGUAUGUACAUAUUGUAUCAGCCAUUUCAUACCUAUUGCAGCUGUCAAUUUCAAUACAUAUUGCACCAUCUAAUAACAUUAGUUAAUUACCGAUCAUCGAAGUGCGUGCAUACAUAUCUUUUGACCAUUAAGAUAAGAUUAAUAUCAUAAUGAGAUUAAAGGCAUAAGUACUCCCUUAAAAUGAAUAAUCGUAACCAAAAGAAAGUGAGAAGAAAGACAAUUGCAUUAGAAACUAAAAUUGCAAUAUUAAGUAGAUUAGCAGAUGGUGAAGGAUCCACGGCUCUUGGUAAGGAAUUUAAAUUAGGCGAAUCCACUAUCAGAGCUAUACAAAAACGUGCAAGUAAAAUAAAUGAAUCUAAUAAUUGUGCAACAAACGAAAGUGGUAAAAGAACAUCAUAUUCAAGAAAUAUUUUAAUAGAGAAAACGGAAAAGGCCCUCAUAUUUUGGAUUAAAGACUCAACUCGAAAACGAAUCCCCAUUGAUGGAGAUUUAAUGAAAGAGAAAGCUAAACAAUAUUUCAAUCAGCUGAAAGAUUUAGAACCAUCUAGUUCCUCAUUACAUUUUAAAAACCUGAAAUUUUCAGCCAGCAAUGGCUGGUUAUCUGGAUUUUUACGACGACAUGCACUUCACAAUGAGAAGAUACAAGGUGAGGCCACGUCCACCGAUGAAACAGCUACUAAGAAUUAUUGUAAAGAACUAGCAAAAAUUAUUGAUGAUGAUGGAUAUUGCCCAAAUCAAGUAUUUAAUGCAGAUGAGACUGGGUUAUUUUGGAAAAAGAUGCCCAGUCAAACGUUCAUCGCUAAGUCUGAGAAAACUGCAAGUGAUUUUAAGGUUGCAAAGGAUCGAAUUACAUUCCUUCUUUGUAGUAAUGCUUCUAGUGCAAGAAUGUUAAAACCACUUAUUGUAAAUAAAGCUUUGUACCCACAUAUGCUAAAAGACAUAAAUUUAGUUGAAUGUAAUGAAGCUGUAAAUGAUAAUGACAUUAUCAACAACAUAAUAGAUCAUGAAGACGAACAAGAAGAACCAGAUUCUAUGACAGUGGAUAAAAUAUAUGCAGGGAUUCAGCUUUGCAGCAAAUUGGAAAACCAUUUUCUUAAAAUAGAUAACAAUUCCGAAAGAAGUUUGAAAUUCCAAAAAGAGCUUCGAUCAUGUAUAUCUGGCUAUUGCGACGUUUACAAGCAGCUGAUCAAACCACUGUCAUCACAAAAACUUAUCACCGAUUACAUGGUAACAAAAAAUUAACUCUAAUAUCUUCACGUAAUGAAAGCGAUUAUGAACCAGUUCAUCACAAAAAUAUGCGUGUUUUGGACUUCAACAAAUAGUAUUGAAUUAUGUACAUUUUGAAAAUUUCUCUUUGUUUAAAAUGAGAAAUUAAAAUUCUUUAAAAUGUUUCCAUGUAUAAUUUAAGUAUUUAUUCUAAUUGGAAAACACUUUCUCGCUAUUUUGUAAAGCUUUGACAUAUUUUCUAAGUGAGACUUUUUUUUUGUAGUCCCUCUGCACCACAAAAGAAAUUUUAUUUAAUAUGUUGUGAAGAAUUAUAUAUAUAUUUUUUUUUUUAUAUAUAUAUUUUUUAUAUAUACAUUUUUUUGUGCAGUUUUUUUCUGUGGUCCUUAUCUACCGCACAAAAACAGAUUUGACUGUACAUUGUUAAGCAUUUUAAGUAUUUAUGAAAGCUUGAUAAGAUCUUUUUAUAAAAUAACAAACUACUUUAUUUAGCAGUAGGUAAAGUGCUAUGCAUAAGGUGCUAUAGCUACAAUGCAAACAGAGAAAGAUUGCCAGAUGUUUUAAAAAAUAUUUAUACAUUUUUAGAACAAACAUAGGACAAAAAAAUCAUAUUUCUAAUAUUAGGAAGUAAAACGGAUAGAUUUAAUGAAAUCAAAGGAGUAUUUCAAAGCAAAUGCUAUGAAGAAGUAGCAGACUACAAGUUCACAUUGAAUGAUCUAACUGAAGAAUCAUAGAGCAGAAGCUUUUGGAACAAGAAGUGAUACUGCAAGAAAGAAAGAUUAGUUUGAACAAAUUAAUAAAUAAGUCGGAUAAAGAUGUGAAACAAAGAUAGAUCUCACAAAUCUAAUAGCAGUAUUGAAUCACAAUAUUAUCAGAGCUAUUAACAAUAGAAUACAGGUAGCUGACGAUCAAUUAAAAAAAGGAGAUUUUAAGCAAAUAUGUCAAAACAAUUGGGGAAAAAAAUGUAUUGGAUUAAUCUAAGACAUGAAGGCAGUGUGACUAAAUUCAUGCUAGAACAAAUUUAUAAUCCUGAUUUUUACUUAAAAGAUAACAGAUGUAAUAAUGAAGUAGUUAUUGAGAAGAAUGUAAAAGAACGGUUAUUGAGUUCUACACUUUCAGAAAUAUUUAUUAUCGGUGGCAACAACAAAGGGGAGGUCACAAAGUGACUUCAACUUCGUGAGAUUAUAGAACAUAUAAAAUUUGAAAGAAAUUAGAAUAGUCGUAGGCUUAAGUUACUAAAUUCUCAAGAUAAUAUGCUAGCUACUUUUCAAGAACUAAUUACACAAAAUCACAAUCAAACGUUUCAUUUGCUUAAAUUUGAACAAGAUCAGCUUGUUUGGAGUAAAACUCGUGGUUCAUUAAUGAAUUUGAGCAUAGGAAUUCUAAACAUUUAAUAGGAGAGGAUGCUUUAAUUACUCAAAUUAAAAAUGAUAAAGUGGUAAUUAUUGCUGGUGACCCAGGAAUGGGCAAAACUACUACUUUGAUUAAGUUAUAUGAGUUACAAUAUGCAUUACAGUCUGGUGCAAAAGAGUCGAUAAUUAAGUCGCAUCGGUUAAUUCCAGUCAAUCUAAAAGAUCACUUAGAUGCAAUAAGAGACAUUGAUUUUAAUAUACCAACAGAAAUAGUAAAAGUAUAAUGAUUUUUUAUCACAAGUUGAUAAAAGUAUAAGUGAUAAUUUUUCCAGAAGAUUGUUAAGUAUGGCGCUAGUAAAGCAGGAUUUUGGGAAGCCUUCAUUAAUAUCACUUGAUGAAUUUGAUGAAGUUUUAGAUAAAUUGGAUAGAGAUAAAGUUAUCUCAUUACUGGAACAUUUAAAAGAUGAAACUGAAGAUACAUUUUAGAUUACUACUCGUCUCCAUUAUCAGAAGAUUUUAGAGAUUACGGUAUCAGUAUUUGCUAUAAAGCUGGAUUCAACUCGUGAUGAAACAAGCUACACGAAAAAAUACUUAAAGAAUCAUCUAAGUAUCAUUUAAGACACGAAGAGUUUCAAAAUAUCUUUGGCAAUAGUGAUGAAAUAAUAGAAAAUACAAGGAUGCAAGGAUACACGGAGGCACUCUUAAGUAAAAUGCACGAAAUAUUUAAAGACGACAUAUCUGAGCUCAUUGGAACACUAUUACAGCUCUAUUUAAUGUUAGAAGGUUCUACAAGAUAUUUUAAAGAGUGAACAAGAGACAUUAAUGGUCAAGGACCAGACUUUCGUUACCUGGGCGAUGAUAUAUGGCAAGCACAUGGAAAGUUUGUUCACAAAAUGUAUAGUGUCCAUUUUAAUCAAGCAAAAGUUAAAGAACAAAUAAGACAGAAGCAAGAUAAAGUAAUAUUUGAUGAUUAUCAUAAAUCUCUAACUAAAUCUUUUAUGCUUAAAUUAGCACCCAAACGAUCUCUCUUUAGAAAAAUUUAGAGAUAUAAUGUUAUCAGCUGGGAUUAUUAGAUAUGAUGGUAGCAAUAUUCAGUUAAUACAUUCAACAUUUAGAGACUACUUUGCUGCUAAAGUAUUCCUAAAUUGGAUAAUAAAAUGGAAAGAAGGCUGUAUUAACUAACAAUAUCAAAAAAGCAAGAAUAUUUAUUAAAGGAGAUUUUAGUAAAGUCAGAUUAUUAAGUUAUAAGCAUAUUUUUAAAUAGUAAAUUCCUAAAAGUGAAAAUGGCAAAUAUACAUCCGCAAGUGUUAUGUUAUGAUAUAGAAGUUUUAUUUGUAGCAGCUAAGGAAUGCAAUAUCGCCCGUUUUGUGUUAAAUAAUUCAGAUAAUUCAAAUGACAUUGUUGAUGCUAAAGACACGUUUUGCGAGACAAUUUCGCACGCGGCUGCUAACACUGGUAACUUGGACAUGGUUAAAUUUCAAAUAAAUGAAAAAAGCAGAUUUUAAUGUUAAAGACAAUUUUGGCAGCACAGUUUUACACCGGAUUGCUACGCGUGGUAACCUGGAGAUGGUUACAUUUCUGAUAAAUGGAAAAAAUGCCAAUGUUAAUGUUGAAGACUUGACUGGCGAGACAAUUUUGUACGCGGCUAGUUAAUUCUGAAAACUUGUACGUGGAUAAAUUUCUGACAUAUAGAGAAACUGUCGCCCUACGUAAAAGGAUUAGGAUCAUUUGUUAUAUAUAUAUAUAUAGUUCAGCAAGUAUUUGUGAGCUGAGUGAUAAUAUUAGUUCUAUUUUAUCCUCUUGUUAGGAGGGAACCAUAUGGUAUUGUGUGAGAAGGAAAAAGAAUCGGUAAAUAACAAAAUAUUGUAAAGACGGGAAAGUGGCAUGAAAUAAGAAAAUGUGAAUCUUUUUAAUAAGACUGUAAUUAUAAUAAAUCAGUAAUUAAAUAUGUUGUCUUAAGCCAUAUAUGAUA